UGUUUCUGAAUCGUCCCACAGUCAUGUGACGUUGUGUUGUUGCUGUGCAGCUGACGCAUCCAGCAGUUGCUCGUGUGAAAGUAGUUUCUGUUGCAAGUGAUUUCGUCAAACUACUCACAUUUGAUCAUGGGAGGACUUAUGAGCCUUUUCUCAGUCGGUUCGCUGGCAUGUUGCUGUGGCUCAGCAGCAUGCAGCCUGUGCUGCUCGGCAUGUCCGAGCUGCCGCAACUCAACAUCUACGCGCAUCAUGUACGCACUGAUGCUGCUGCUUACCACCAUCGUGGCCUGCAUCAUGUUGAGCCCACGCAUUGAGGAACUACUGGAAAAGGUCCCCCGACUCUGUGAGAGCACCGAUGUCUGCAAGAGUGCAGUUGGGUACUUAGCAGUGUACAGGCUGCUGUUUGCGUUGACACUGUUUUUCAUCGCCUUCUCAAUGAUGAUGAUUGGUGUGAAGACGUCCAAAGAUCCAAGAAGCGGCAUACAAAAUGGAUUCUGGGCCUUAAAAUAUUUGGUGUUAAUCGGUGCCAUGGUAGGUGCAUUCUUCAUACCAAACGGAGCAUCAUUUGGCCAAGUUUGGAUGUACUUCGGCAUGAUUGGAGGGUUCCUGUUCAUCCUGAUUCAGCUGAUCCUGAUCAUUGACUUUGCCCACAGCUGGGCAAACAGCUGGGUCGAGAAGUUUGAAGAGAGUCAGUCCAAGGGCUGGUACUGCGCUCUGCUGACGUUCACCCUCCUUCACUAUGCCCUGGCCAUUGCAGCGGUUGUCUUGUUCUACAUCUUCUACACCCAGGGUGAAGGCUGUACACUGCAGAAGUUCUUCAUUAGCAUCAACCUGAUCAUCUGCGUCAUCCUCUCAGUGGUGUCAGUCCUGCCUAAAGUUCAGGAAGUCCAGCCCUCGUCCGGUUUGCUCCAGUCAUCGGCCGUCACUCUUUACAUAAUGUAUCUCACCUGGUCCGCCAUGAACAACUCCACGAGCAAACAGUGCAAGCCGUCACUAGGCUUAACUCAAGAGGGAAGCAAGUUUGACACGCAGAGCAUUGUCGGCCUCGUGGUUUGGUUCGUGUGCGUUCUCUACUCAAGCAUCCGCACUUCGUCCAACUCCCAAGUCGGCAAGCUUACCAUGUCCGAGAAGAUCCUUGUCAAGGAGACUGGGACCAAGUCCACCGCACUUGUGGGGAGUGAAGAUGCCAGUGCCGGAGGUGAUGCAGAGGCCAAGGUUUGGGACAAUGAAGAUGACGGGGUGGCCUACAGCUGGUCAUUCUUCCACUUCAUGUUUGCGCUGGCUUCACUGUACGUCAUGAUGACCUUGACCAACUGGUUCCAGCCAAGUGAUGACCCCAAGAAUUUGAUUGAGAACAAUGCCUCCAUGUGGGUCAAGAUGACAUCAACCUGGAUGUGCUCUGCACUCUACCUGUGGACCCUAGUCGCACCACUGGCCAUGCCAGACAGGGACUUCAGCUAAAUACCACCUCCCAUCUGGCUGUAUUACCUUUUUUUUAAUUAUUGUUGCAAAGGUUCAUGCAGCUAGGUAGAAGUCAUACCUUGUGUUGUAUAAAAUAGUUGUUCUUGUUGUUUUCCUUUGAAGCGGAGAAAGCUUCCUUAUGUUUAUAUAAAAGCCUGUAGAAACAUCUCGUGAGUGAAUUUAUGUGUGAUUGUUGUGUCCAAGGUGCUACUUAAUUUUGUGUGUUGGCACCUUUACCCACACAUUUUUCCUGUACAUAAAACGGUGUCACAUUAAUUGUCAAAUGUAAGCAAGGAACAAACAAUCCUAGAGCUUGGUUUUUUCUUACCUUUGCCCCCCCAAGUUCCUGUGACUGCGUAAAAUGUCAAUGCUAUUUGUCCCUCGGGAAAGGGUAUCUAUAGUUUUCAUGGCCUUCAUUUCAUUUCUGACAAUGUUAGUUGUAAACAGUGUGUAGUUUUUCUCGUUAAAGUAGAGACGAGUGGAUAUUUUGUGUUGAAGCUUCUGUAGAUUCAAGGAAGCACUCUUUGAGACGAUAUGUACACAACAUCUUUAAUCUCAGUGCUCCUGUCGUCCACCGAAUUAGACACAAAUGUUCUUACUUUCAGUC